CCGCACUGGGAAUUGUAUAAGCGACGGCGCCGCCAUUGCGCGGUGACCCCCGACCCCGUCAGCUGGGCGACCAUGUCCGGGGACGACGCGGACGGCUCCAUCAAGCAUACGCCGAUUCUCGACGACUACACCAUCGUGUGGAACCAGAAACUCGGCUCGGGGAUCAGCGGCCCCGUUAGGCCAUGCGUCAAAAAGGCGACCGGGGAGAGAUUCGCACUCAAGAUUCUGCCGGACCGGCCUAAGGCCCGCAAUGAGAUAAAGCUGCACCUGCAGUGCUGUGGCCAUCCCAACGUGGUCAAGGUCCACGAGGUGUUCGCCAACUCCAUGCAGCUACCACACGAGGCCAUGCCCAGGGCACGGCUUCUGCUGGUGAUGGAGAUGAUGGAGGGUGGGGAGUUAUUCAACAGGAUCAGCCAGUGCCGCCACUUUACUGAAAAGCAGGCCAGCAAGGUCACGCAGCAGGUGAGAGGUGACACAGCAGGUAGGAGUGUGGCUGAAGAGAGAGACCCCAACCUUCCUCCAUGUUUGUGUGUGCGUGAUCGUGUGCGCGUGUGUUCACCACAGAUCUCUCGGGCACUGCAGCACUGCCACUCUCUGAACAUCGCGCACCGUGACCUCAAACCAGAAAACCUCCUCUUCAAAGAUAACUCCCUGGAUGCGCCGCUAAAGCUGUGCGACUUCGGCUUUGCCAAGGUGGACCAGGGCGACCUCAUGACCCCGCAGUUCACUCCCUACUACGUGGCCCCGCAGGUGCUGGAAGCACAGAAGCAGCAUCGCAAAGAGAAGUCUGGGGUCAUCUCCCCAAACGCCACCCCCUACACCUACAACAAGAGCUGUGACCUGUGGUCUCUGGGCGUCAUCAUCUACGUGAUGCUCUGUGGGUAUCCGCCGUUCCAUUCGGAGCAGCGUGGGCGAGCCAUGCCGCGCGACAUGCGGCGCAAGAUCAUGCAGGGGAAGUUCCACUUCCCAGAGGAGGGAUGGAGCCAGAUCUCCGAGCCAGCCAAGGACGUUGUGCGCUGCCUGCUGAAGGUGAAGGCGGAGGAGAGGCUGAGUGUGGAGGGCGUGCUCGCCCACCGCUGGCUCACGUCCACCGAGGCGAUGGACAACGUGCUGCCCUCCCUCCACCUCCUCAUGGACAAGGUGGCAAUGGCCGAGCUGCAGCAGGCGCAUGCAGACGCGCUGGCCAGCAUGCGCAUGCCCGAACUCAGCGUCUCACUCAAACCGCUCACCUGCGUCAACAACCCUAUCCUGCGCAAGCGCAAGCUACUCCGGACCCAGCUGUGCGAGGGCAGCGCUGGGGGAGCAGAGUGCCCCCAGGGCAAGGAGGAUAGUUGCAGCUGCCCCGAAGGCCCCUCUUCAGGGGUCCCAUUCCCAGAGAACCCCUCCACAGUGGCCCUGUGCCCCCCUGACGCGGACCGUGGGGCCAGCUGCCCCGGGGGGGUGGAGGACGUGGCGGUGGAGAAACUGAGGGAUGUCAUCGCGCAAUGCAUCCUCCCGCAAGGAGAUGAGGAUGAGGGUGGUGACGAAGGCGUCGUCCGCGCGCUGCACGAUGCCUGGAGCUACAAUCGAGACUGUCGCCUCCUGCGAGAUGCGCUGCACGAGGCCAGCUGGAAUGGGAUGCGCUUCACGGAAAAAGUCGACCGCUUACAUCUCGCCGAGCUCCUCAAGCAGGUGAUCGCGGAAAAAACCAGCCAGAGCUAGCCCCCCCCUCUUUCCCAGCGCUUCCCCAAUACCGUUGCCCCCUUCCUGAUCGCCACGUGCAUCAUCCACCCUGGCUCCUACUCAACCCCGCGUCCACCCACCUUCACCCCCACCCCAAGCCCUACCUCUGCUGGCCGGUGUAUUUUAGUUUAAAUUAUGACCACUUGAAUGAAUUAUGUAUUAUGAUAUUAUUUGGUAAAAUAAUCUUAUGCACUGAAAGAGGUUUUUUUGUUGCGUCUUAUUUUAUUCAAAUGUGUAUCGCGGUACAUUAUCACCAUCAUCAGGUACAACAAUGUGGAGUAAUCUCUCUGUCACAUCUGUACGGGGAGAGUUCUGCUUGCUCCCUUAAACGUGUGGGUUUUCUCCAGGUGCUCUGGUUUCCUCCCACACAUUAAUUGGCUGAAAACAUCUAAUAUAUAGCGGGCUGCAGACCUCGAGCAAUUGUUGGUAGCGCAGGCUUUCCAUCUGGCUGCUACCUUCCCGCUUGUCUGUGGUUAUGCCUCCGAGUCCUUCUCUGCCUUUGAAAGCGAGCAAACACCGUGUGCGUUACGAGUUGAAAUUAUUUCCAUCAUCGUCAGGAUUCACUUUCACAAUUCUGGUUUUGUAUGCUUGUAUCUCUCAUUGUGGCUGUGUCCACAUCACACUCCCCAAUGAUAUUGCAGGGCUGUGUCAGGGGACAAGAGGAUGACCGCUGGCUGGGCUAGAGGGACAAGCUGGACGAAGGAGGGCAGCUUGCCGGAUUCGAACAAUGAAGCUCUGCAACAAGCGAGGAACACGCUACCGCGAGGCCAUGUCACCACCCCGCCCAUGCCAGUGGUCUGGGCGGCUGCGCUCGCACCCGCGUGGCCAUGUCACUGAAGGAGGCCCCGGCGCGCACCGCCAGCUCUCCGAGACGGAACACGGGGCAGAGCGGAGACCGCUCGGGAUGGAACUCGCACGACUUGAGGUAGGAGCUGUCCCCUUCCUCCAGGACGUUCCUCCUGCGGGAACGGCACAAGUGCGCGCGUGCCCUGCGCUUCAGCGCCCUGUGCUACUACGCGGUGCUGACUUAAGAGGUGGUGAGACGGGCGUAGGUCGUGCUAGGUGCCGCAUUUCGACUCUGAUGCAAACGGACUCGUGGCGGCGGCACCGGUGCUACCAUCCCCGCCGCCGCAACUGUGUGCUGCCGGCCUCCCCCUCCCUCCCCGUGCAGCCCCACGGAGACGGAAGCUGCACUUGGUCCUGCCCCAGGUGUCAUGGAGUCACGGGGUUAAGGGGUCUCGUGAUAUUUGAUGCAGCCCAGGCGAUUUGGUAAACGUGGGAUUUGAGAAUAAUACUCGGGCUCCGCUCCGGCUCUUCCCAGACGGGGUGCCCUGUAGAGCAAUUGUGUGGAGAGCCACCAGGACAGUGAUUCCGACCACCACAUCGAGAAAACUUAACUGGGCCAAAGGCACAUUUGAUGUGCAGAGCCCAGCCCAGUGCCCCCUAGCUCCGGCCGUCAUCGUGAUGCGGGGAAGUCAUAGGUGAGCUCACCAGUGAAGAAAGGAGUGAGCUUACUGGCGAGGAGGGAGGUGGCCUCACCUGUGAACAUUGAAGCGAGUGAAGUUGACGCUGACCUUGAUGAAAACGGUGAAGUUCUCGGCCUCUCGCAACACGGCCUCCCUAUGGCAGCACAGUGAGGGCACCGCACUCGCCGCUCCUCAUACAGUCAGGGCACCACACUCCCUAUUCACUCCCCACAGCUCACUUUCACAUUUGAGGGCACCGUAUUCCCCUUUCCUCACUUUCUACUCCUCACUCGCAUUCAGUCAGCUUCCCUCCGCAUUAUUAUUCUCUUCCCUGUCCUCUUGCCACUAAAGGUUGAAAAGAGGAUAAGGAAUUGAUAAUGUGGACAGAUCCAAAUCAAGCCAGAGUGACUUCUUGUUCAAAUGGUGCUCAUCUCCUGUUUACAGCUCUGCAGAACCAAUGGUGGAGAUUGUUCCAUCCACAAGGCAACCACUGUUGACUUUCCCACCAAGUAGUACUUAUUUUAUUGACCCGAGGGAGGGAUGGUUGAUCUCGAAACCUCUCCCCUCCCCAAAAUUAUUGAACUCAAAUCCUUUCGAUUGCGAGCCGCUCGUGAGCCGUUCGCUCUACUGCUGAGAUGCAACCAGACAAGGGGACGAUGUGGAUGAGGUUGAUGAUGAUGGGCUUAAACAGAUGGUGAGGUGGUGGUGAUGUGAUGUACAGGCAGUCCUCGAGAUAUGGACGUCCGACUUAUGAACAUCCACACAAACGAACUGCCAUAAGAUAUUAUUUUUAACCAUCGAACUUACAAACGUUUGGUCGUGCUUACGAACUGAACUGCGUAACUAUUUUGUUCAGCAGAGUGACCCUCUGCGAGAUGUAAUGAGUCCCAGCAUCCCACGUGAUGCACAAUGACAGUGAACCGUUCGACACUGAGUUUAACAAUGCCUCCCUUUAUUGUUGAACCAUAACACGUUUUAUAACACUGAACGCAUGUACAAUAAUAUAUUAAGUUCCGAGAUACAAAAAAAUAAACUAUGAAUGGGUCUCAGUAACGUAAUUCGUUCAUUUGUCAAGGACUGUCUGUACACAUACGUAGAUGCUUGAUGACAUUGUAAUGAUGAGGUUGUAAUGAGUUGAUGGUGAUGUGGUUCCCACACCUGGGCGUUGGGCUGUUCUCCACAGGACACCAGGCGUGCACCUCACACACACGCGCCGUGCCGUUCGUGGGCACGCACCGCCCGGUGCAUAUCCCUACCCGGGAGGAGGAGGGGGAGGAGAUGGAGAGCAUCACGAGUGUGGGUGAGGUGCGAUUGGCAGUGAGGGGAGUGCAGUGGUGGAUGGUAGAGGACGCGUGCACGGGCAGUCGCGGCUGCUCCCCUCACCGUUGCCGGUGUUGAAGGUCCUCCCCGCCGGGCAGUCCCCGUCCUCUUGGCAUCGUGCACCGGGCACGUUGGGGUUCUGCGCGGAGAUGAGAGCGUGAGGCCCAGAGCUCAGGCCUCGAGCCAUGGCCCAUAGGGGCUAUAGGGGCUACACGCCCAGUGCUGCCAACUCGGCUGUUUCGCCCUGGGAUUUGCCGACUCUUUGCAACUCUUGGCAACGUUUAUUCUUGUGAAAGCGACCAGCGACAAAUUUAGCGACUUUCACAAUCUCCCCAACACUCGCCCAGGAAAUCCUAUCCGAGUCUCGAGACUCUUUUUUUAGGAGGGUCCUGCCAAGUGUUCACAGUAGGGGGCAAUGUUGCUGCUAUGUGAUCCCAAUUCGUCAGGUGCCUGGUCAGGAGUUGAACCCAUGUACUUCUUACUUUGAGGUGUGACUUUUACCACUGUGCUGCUCUGCUGCCCAGAUUGCUGAAGAUGCUGGCGAGUCUGCAGCAGUUUUGCUGAUCCUGGAGGUUGCUACGACGAGUUGGCAGCACCUGCCCACUGUUUGAAUUGAGGAAACAAUUGUUUAUAGAGGUGGCCAAGAGCCUGAAGCCGCCAGAUUAGCACGUUAGAGCAUCUACACCACACAAGGAGAGUGGAACUGGGUGAGGACACAGUGCAGAUCUAGGAGCGAUUCUGGUUAUUAAGGAUCCUGUAGCAAUCUAAAGCUGAAGACAUCGUUGCCACAGCUGAUGAUGCCCCCACGCGUCGCUACCAAAGCUCUCGACCCUCCACCAGCCACCGUACACGCGACCUCCAAAAUAUGCCUCGACGGUCUCCCUCCACCUUCCCCUUGGCGACCAGACUCGUGGGGACCACCUCAAUACCUCUCUCAGCAAUCGCGCUCCCCCAUCCUGCACACGCGUCCCACCGAGUGCAGCCGCUUUUCCUAAUCGCAUCUCCAACACUCGCCUGCCACGUACAUUUCCAGACUUCUGUAUUGCUUAUCCUGUCCUAUAUUAAUUUAAUAUGUAACACUUGGUAAAUUGUCUAGAGAAAUUAUCCCAGGCACGUGAACAACACCGAAAUCAAGCCCUGGACAGGUGGCAACCCUCAUGUAUAUUCCUGCUGCGCAAUUGUGGCCGGUAUGGUGAGGCUGAAGGUGAGGGGUGACUGAGGCUCACCUCAGCGCACAGACCCUGGCGCUGCCGGGGCGUGCUCACCAGGUUGGUGACCACAAAGAAGCGGCUCUCUCCCUGCACAAAUGGACACACGCACACUCAUCGCACACGCAUCGUGUACAUUUCUGAGAAGCUCAACUGGCACACGUGGUGAGCUGGCAGCUCCUCCCCUAAUUAUCCCUGCCCACGCACCGCUUAACCGGCCCAUCACAUAUCAAGUGUCAAGCUUGUUUUGUUUAACCAGGUGAGGACUCAAAGAGACCAGGACAUGAGUCUAUUUGUCAAGAGUGGCCCGAGUCUUGAGCACGAGGGCAGAAAAUAUUCAGUCAAAGUGGAAAUGAUUUCCUGCUCAAAUGAUCAUUGAGACAUUGAUGAUCAUCUAUUUACAGCCUAACCGAGUGGAGAUUUUAGUUUCUUCUGGUGGGUGGGGGUGAAUCUCCGUAGGACAGCCACUUCCACACAAAGCGGAGCUCUGAAUCUUACACCACGUCUAUGUCCCAAUUCCCACCAAUGCGUCAUGAGGGUAACCCUAGGGGGUUGCUCACUGAUAGGGCGAGCAACUUCUAAUGGGAAGGUUGCGAGUUCAAAUCCUGGUCGGGGCUUGACUCGGCCCAUCAUCUCCCUGUUGUCAAUAACAUGAGUACAACUUUGGACAAGUCACAGUGGUAGUCUAAUGGGUUGACUUGUCCCCACAAUAUAAAUGAGUAAUUUUCACUUCUAGCUCAGGGCUGUUCACGAUAAUUGAGCACCAAUGAACAGCAGAUGGCUAUAAAUUGUCUCACUCGGGACUGGCCCGGCCAAAACAGAACGUUGGGUAUCUUCAGAGUAACGCCCAGACUCUUCAUGGAGCAGGCUGCACUCGGAAAGGUGUGGUCUGGGCCUCUCCACCACGUCGGCCUCACCUGUGGCGGGAUCACGUAGUCGGCCGUGUCCCAGAGCCGCUGGCCAGGCCCCUCCGUCGAGUUGGUGAGUGCGACCCCCUUGACCUUUGUGAUGACCGAGGUCUCAGGGUCAGGGUCUGUCUCCUGGUAGCCUUUCUUCACUACGAAUACCCACCUGUGAGUGCGUGGCCAUCGCACGGCGGUCACUAGCUUGUUAGUCGAGUUUGUUCAUUUUGUUUAGCCAGGUGAGAACUCAAGACAUAGUCUAAUUUGCAAGAGUCACCUGGGUCACUAAAGUGACAAAAGCAACAAUGUAAAAACAAGCAACGCAUCAAAUAGAAAUGAAAAGUUUAAACAAACAGAAAUCAGCACAAAAGCAACCGCAUUACAGGAGAAUAAAAAAGUGCAAAAUCGUACGCAAUAAUAUUAAAUACAAUACUUUCCCGGAACAAAAGUUUGCUCGGUAUGAAUGUUGAAAAUUUAUCGUAGUCGAGUUGGAAAGACGCACGUGAGGUGCAGCAGUCCACUCACGCGGCAGCUAGGCCAGAACCAUUUAGUCCACCGGUCGAUUUCCAUUUUGUCUUUCAAUCUCGCCUGUAUUGUUUGUCAUCAUCUUUUCAUACAUAUCGGUUAUCUUCAUUCGCCCAGGUUUAACAUGAGAAAGUAAUUUGCCUAAAACCAGGGAUGAAUCUCGCUGAAUAUUGCCCAGGUCGCUGGUGCACUAGCAGGUGGGACGUGGCUUUGAAGUCGUUACGGCCAGGGCAAGAGGUGUACUAUACUCGACGUGGUGUGCCGGUUACUGAUAUAUCUUUACUGAGUUACCGAGUCGCGCACAUUCAGCUGAAAUGAAGCCCUGCCUAAAAGGUGAACCAUGCAUUCGCACUUGUGCACCGGCAAUUGUGUUGGUGUGGAGAACUGUGCCACGUGCUGAUGCAGCUGUGACGUAGAAGUGGACCAGCCAAUGGGGAGAGCUCCGCAGGAUCUGGCACGGUUCACAAAAUAAUGCGCAUGCUUCUCAAAACAUCCGCUUAUCGUUACGCGGCUGUGAGGACAGGCGCAAUGAGAAGCGAGGUUAUCAACUCCGCAGUGAGUUCUGCGCUAUGAUUUGUAACGAUGUGAAGCCGCUCAUCUUGACAGACGCGGCAACGUCUCACGCUGGUGGAAAAGUCGGUACUCGCACUUGCAUUAUAAGGGUGACUGAAAAUCCUGGAGGCACCACACAUGCCAGCCCCAAUGUCAGUAUGUGGUGGAGUUCAAACAAUAUUCGCAAACAAAAUCCGGACAAAUCUCUCAAGUCCUGGGUGUAGCAUAGCUGUGUAAGGUCCUGUAAUAAAAUUCCACAUAAAACCAGCACCAUAUUUCAGUACUAAUCAAUUGCUGCCACCUGAACACAGCUACCAGUUCCCGGACUGUCUGGGUCUAACCCAAUUCCUGAUGCCCCCACACACCGGGGUUUCCAGUAACCCCGACAGGUGGCGACCCCGAUGUGUGGGCAGGAAUUAUGCAAACAAGGCGCACGGCCCCUUUUUCCUUGGAGGGAACACAGUGAGUCCGUCCGGGUGCCAACCUCGAUUUGCUGCAACUCGCACCCCAAUGUCCUACUCGGAUAUUCUUCCCAGGAGGCGGUGGCUCCUGCAGGUGGUUAUUGAGUAUUAUGGAGAAUUUCUCUGACAGUGUGGUGGUGGCAUGUCCAGUGUUCCCCAGCUGCUCGCCGGUGCGGUGCAGCCCUCGCGGAGGAGGGACUCGUUACACAGCCGAGACAUUCCUCUCGUGUGUAGCCGCCAUACCAGGCGUCGCCCUCGCGACUUCAUUGUGAGGCAUCGUAUGCGGAGGUCACCCGAGCGCGGCUAUUAAUACCGGAGGCAGCCCACGCGCGAGUAUUUAUAUUCUUUGGUGAAAAUAACAAAGACGGCCGCGCCGGGGAACCAUUUUGAGACCCAGGGCCCAUCUCGCCAGGGCACGGAGACAGAGACGGAAAAGGCGUGGAGGCCCAGUAUUCUGAUCCUCCCACGAGGAGGCAGUAAGGAGAUGGCCUCGACAGCAGCUGCUACAUCAUCGCCACCAUCAAUAUAAUCACUAAUAUCCCUAUAGUUACCACCAUGGCCAAUUAUAUUCUCAAAAGUACCAUCGUGUUUGUGUGCUCUCAAUAUCCACCAUCACCACCAACAACUCUCUCACCACACUCACCUUCACUAUAUGACCCUCACCAUCUCAUUCGCCCCGUGCCUUCAUGUCUCCCCCUUUCCGCGUCUGUCCGCGCUUCACCUCGACGCGAGUAGCUGCAUGUGUGGCUCUCGGAUCCCCCCCUCACUCACCCCGAGCAACUCACCUUACCCCACUCACUCAACCUACUUCUCUUUACUCACCCCGCGUCCCAUAACCUCAUUUCACGCUGGUCCCCUCACUCGCCCGGCUAAACCCGAACACCUCCUUACCUUAAACCCACUCUCCCCACUCACCCUCAAUCUUUCCCCUUGAGUCACUCGCCGACCUCACUCACCCUACUCACUUUGGUCCCCUUACCCCCAUUCACUUCACUCACUCCCAGUGACCCCUUCACAUCACUCACCGCACCCGAUUCGCCCUGACUGACCCCUGCUCACCCGAUGAUGUAGGCGAGGAUGACCAGCUGCAUGAGCCGGUACACCACCCCGACCGAGCGGUCCCGCGCGAUCAUCAGCUUCUCCGUCUUGUACUCAAACGCACUGCACACCAGCGCCCCGCAGCCCUGCAUGGCGAGCGAGGGAUAGGGGUCUCGGGACCUCUACGGGGGGCCCUUGUACCCCUACGAGGGUCCUUUUAACAACCCCUGCGAGGGCUCCGGCUUCCCCAGAAGAAGGAUGAGGAGGCUCUGUGCGCACCCCAUUCCCGAGCCCAGUGUGUCACUCCCCCCCACCCCAGACCUUGUUUCUAAAAUUGUCCCCUUAUCCCCUUCGUCCCCUCGAGGUCCCGUCACGACACUUAUAAACCGCAGUUGUUGAAUCGUUUUUUUUUACAUUACCGGUAACCGCAUGUAAAAACCGGUUACGGGUUUGCCACAAAAAUAUAAUCUUGGCAAUGAACAUCAAAGGGUUCACCUCUGUAACUGGGACACGAAGGGAGCCGCCGCAGCGGUGGAGGAGUCGGCAGCACCACGGAACUUAUGAUCAAUCCAGAGCCCAUCGGUUUGAUUCCUUUUCCCGGCGCGGAAGUUGAAACAAUGGGGCGAGUUUCUGAAAACCUCCCCGCCGCCUCUGCUUUAUCAGCGGUCAAGUCGCAGCCAUUUUCUGGCUGCGACUUGACCGUUUUAACUGGAACAAAAAAGAGGACAAAUGUACCACGCGGUGACUCAGGCUGCCGUGCAGUUUGUACGUUCCCUGUGCCAUCCGUUACUCACAUUCCACUGGACACUCUUUCCGACGUUCGGAACCGGCAAUACAUUCUGAAAACGGUUACCGGUUUAAUGGUUGUCGUUUAGCAAACCUAAUCGCACUCUACUCCGCUCCACACACUUUUUGCUCCAGCAACCAAGGCUGGAAUUCUCUAACCUCUCAAUCUACGUGCUAUGAAGAAGGACCAUGACCCAAAUAAUUAUUUGUUAUAUUCUUCAUGUAAGGCAGUAUUAUUGACAAAAGUUCAUUGUGAUUGUGCACCACUAGUAACGCAGCAUCACCUAAAUAAUUCGUUUGAUUCACUCAGGGGGAGGUCGCUUUUUCUUCGUUGCUACACCCUUACGAUCGGGAACUCCGCUCGCCCAGACACACGUGCUGUCGACUCUGCCCCAGUUCAAGUCCAAGCUCGAGACCUCUUCUGCGCCGGUUGUGUCUCUGUCUCGCUCGAUAAUGAAUAUGUAUCCUUUCCAUAGAAUUUGCAUCUCUCACUUGCUGGACGGCGCCGUCAGAUGUGGUUUCAUGAGGACGCUUUAUGCAUUAAAUAAAAAAUAAUCA